AUGGGUACUGAAAGUCAAGGGGACGAUUGGGAUUAUCCUUGCUCAGAUGACGAGAUAUUAUCUAGUGGCAUAGUGAUUGGGAAAAGUUGGAUGCCAGAUCCCACUGAGCUAGAAGAACUAUACAAAACAAUUGAAAUUAACGAAACAAUUAGCCUAGAAUGGAAAUGUCCAGGCCGACGUGCCCUUUCUCCAGUUCCAGUGAGUAAUGAAAAUCAGCCAAAAACAAUGGAAGUUUCGCCAGUGAGAGAAGAGAAGUCUGAUUUUGAUUUCAUGGAUGAAAUGGGUUCUCUGCAUUUACGUGUUCGGCGUGAAGGAGAAGACACUUUGCGUGGUUCAGCAAAGAAGAAAACAACUUCGUUUAAUGGCAUUCUGUCUAAUAUGAUUAGACACAAGAGGAUUGAACAGUUGGAAAAACAAGCUAAUACACCAACAAGUUCUUCUAAUUGA